AUGUCAGCCGGUGGGGUCGCUCAAGUAGCGCUCACGUUGGCGCUUAAGACGGCUCUUUGCUGGGCAAAAAGUGUCAACGCGGAUCCUGACGAUGCAGACGAUUUUCCUUCGACGCCUAAUACUCCGGCAGAUGACAAUUUGCCAAUUGGGCAGGAACCGGGAGACGACGUGAGUCCCGUAACAGAAGAGAUAUUCUCGUCGUGGGCUCUGUUUAUCAUGCUGUUUCUCUUGAUAUCCGCUUUAUGGUCCAGCUAUUUUCUCGCCCAGAGACGGAUCAAGGCUGUCCACGAAACAGUGCUUUCAAUUUUCUAUGGUAUGGUCGUGGGUCUCAUCAUUCGGCUGUCUCCAGGCCAUUAUAUUCAAGACGCUGUGACCUUCAACUCCUCGUACUUUUUCAACAUUCUUUUACCCCCCAUCAUUCUAAAUUCGGGUUACGAACUGAAUCAGGCCAAUUUCUUCAAUAACAUCGUGUCAAUUCUGACUUUUGCCAUUCCGGGCACCUUCAUAUCGGCAGUGGUACUUGGUAGCAUCCUUUACAUUUGGAUCUCGUUAGGUUUGGAGAGUGUCGAUAUUUCAUUUGUCGAUGCUCUUUCUGUGGGCGCCACGCUGUCGGCAACAGAUCCUGUCACCAUUUUAUCCAUUUUCAAUGCCUACAAAGUCGAUCCCAAGCUAUACACUAUCAUAUUCGGCGAAUCUCUCUUGAAUGAUGCAAUUUCUAUUGUUAUGUUCGAAACCUGUCAAAAAUUCCAUGGUAAACCGGCCACGUUUUCGUCUGUUUUCGAAGGUAUGGGGCUUUUCCUUAUGAGCUUCACGGUAUCUCUGCUCAUAGGCGUCAUGAUAGGAGUUUUGGUUGCAUUAUUGUUGAAGCACACACUUAUUAGGCGUUAUCCUCGGAUCGAAAGUUGCUUGGUUUUGUUGAUUGCCUACGAGUCCUACUUCUUCUCCAACGGUUGCCAUAUGUCCGGUAUCGUAUCCUUACUGUUCUGUGGUAUUACUUUGAAACACUAUGCUUAUUAUAACAUGUCAAGGAGGACUCAGAUCACUAUCAAAUAUAUUUUCCAGUUUUUGGCUCAAUUGUCUGAAAAUUUCAUCUUCAUUUACCUUGGACUCUCGUUAUUCACAGAAGUUGAGUUAGUGUACAAGCCGAUGCUCAUAAUUGUUACUGCGAUCUCUAUUUGCGUGGCACGCUGGUGUGCGGUAUUCCCGCUUUCAAAUUUUGUCAAUUGGCUGUAUAGAUUGAAAGCCCAGAGGUCAAUGGGGCUCUACGCCAAUGAUGCCUCCAUUCCUGACGAAAUACCAUACCAAUAUCAGAUGAUGACUUUUUGGGCAGGUCUUAGAGGUGCGGUCGGUGUUGCGUUGGCAAUGGGUUUACAAGGUGACUUCAAAUUCACACUGCUGGCUACAGUCCUAGUUGUCGUAGUUUUGACUGUAAUCAUAUUUGGGGGGACAACUGCGGGUAUGCUGGAGGUUUUGGGGAUUAAAAUGGGGUGCGUUGACGAAAAUGACGACUCUGAUGAUGAGUUUGAUAUUGAAAUGCCUAAACCCAUGAAUAUUAGGUCGAGCCCUGCUCCCACUUAUUCAGAUGCAGCGCCUCAAGGGCAUCCAGCUUCUUUAAACUCAGUACUUGCUGAACAAAUUGCUUCCGAAGUUACGCAUUCAUCGCCCCGACUUUCUCUAGAGAGACAACAUAUAAAGGAAACGUUGAGUACAAUUUUCAGCGCAGAUUCCCAAUGGUUUACAAAUUUCGACGAGCAGGUUCUAAAGCCUGUGUUUUUGGAUAACGUUGGGGAAGGCUCGCAGCCAAAAACGAGCGGAUCAAGUACGCCCAAUUUUUUCGGCAAUAGGCGUUGA